AUGAUCUUCGAUCUGCAACAGGAUUUGAUAGAAGAGAUACUGUUAAGGGUUCCGGUGAAAUCUUUGAGAAGACUACGAUCAACGUGCAGAGGAUGGUACCAUCAAGCUUUAUUCAAAGAUCCGAGAUUCAUCAAAAAGCACUUUGAUAAAACAGCAAGACAGUAUCAUGCUCUCAUGGUGAUAAAUUCUUGGGUAUGUUCAGUGAGGUCCGUACUUGAUAGCUCCGUACUUACCACUGAAACCGAUUUGGUUUUAGGUGGUCGAAUUAGCCCAACUGUUCCCAAUUCUGACGGUGCACAAGUCGAUGUAAGUAACGCCUUUCACUGCGAUGGCAUAUUGCUAUGCACCGAGCAGGAGGCAAACAUGCUUGUGGCUUGGAACCCGUUUUCAAGGCAAACCAGAUGGAUCCAACCGCAUACGCGAAACUACUUUGGAAUAUAUGCUCUCGGAUACGACAACAAGGAAUUGUUCCGUAACUACAAAAUCUUGAGGUUUCCUUGUAGAAACGGAAAGUUGUCAGUAUGGGAGAAACUUGGUGUCACUCCCGAAAGCGAUGACCUAAAACCGGAAAUCUAUGAGUUUAGCACUAAUUCAUGGAGGAGUCUUGAUACCAUCACUCCCCAAGCCUUCAUAAACACUUGUGGCGUGUCUUUGAAGGGAAGUACUUACUGGGUGUCAAGAGGCAACGGCUACUCACUACUCAGUUUCGAUUUUUCAACAGAAAGAUUUCAACCUUUGUGUGCUCCCAUUGGUCAUGAUGAACCAUGCCGUUCUGGCACUAUGACUCUCUCUGUUGUUGGAGAAGAACGUAUUUCCUUGUUUUAUCAGAGCAAUGAGACACGCAAGGUAGAAAUAUGGAUGACUGAUGAGAUUGAGACCACAUUCGUGUCUUGGAGCAAGUUCUUAACAGUAGACAAUGUACAUCCUUCUUUCUCGAGUUUCAUGAGCUUCUUCAUUAUUGACGAGGAGAAGAAAGUUAUCUUGUGUUGUGAUGAAGGAUGGGAGAACUUAUUG